UAUCUGUCUCUUUGGCUAAAUGCAACUUAGUGCAGAGUCGUAAAGAAAAAAAUAUCGGUUGUCAUUUCUGAGUCGUUGUCGAAAAAAGUGAAAUCACUUCUUGUUAUUGUUUUGAGAUCACAUUCUAAGCAAAGAAUAUUACUUAUUCUAUGGCAUUGACAUUUUAUGGUACAUUAUUUACUCUAUGAUCGCUAAUGUCAAACUUUUAUUCAGAGAUUCAAGUUAUGUAUGUUUUCAAAUUUAUUUUAUGUUUAAAGUGGCGAAAAACUUAUUAAAAGUAAAACAUGUCCUCGGAUUCGGAUGACGAUAGCUACAGUAAAAUUGCUCAAAAACUACAAUCCAUGAAAAGCGACUAUCAAGAUAAAUCAAAGCCGAUAAAUUUAUUAGAAGACAGUUUUGAUAUAACAGAGAACUUAACUACCGAUAACAAAUUCCCUAAGAUAGAUUUAGAACAAACAAAGUUCAAUGUAGAUAAACAGACUAAAGAGUUAACAUUAGACAGCAUUAUUGAACAGAACAGCGGUAAAAAUAAAACAAGAGGUCGGGGAAGAGGACGUGGCCGCGGCCGCGGACGCAAGCGGAAAAGUGAAGAUGAUGAAGCGGUCACCCCUGGUGAGUCAAUAGACAGGGGGAGGCACAGGACCAGCAAACGGUUAUCACAAGAUAGAGCUAGACUCGUGGCGCACGUGGACGAAGUGAUUAGUGAGUUAUCAAAAGUGACCAGUGUUGACGACACAUUCACCAGCCCGGCACGAGGGAGCGCUCCGUCGCGUAAGCGCGGGCGGGCCGCAGGCAGAAGCCCAGCACGAGGACGGGGGUCAGGAAGCAGCUCAAGGCGGGGGUGUGUGGGGACACCGGCCCGCAACGGUCGCCGAGGGAAGAGAAGACACAGGCCAAGUCAGUCUAACUCAGCCGUCUUUAACUUCUUCCACUACAACAUAGGGAACACUGAAGAGUAUGAAGACUUGUCUGAACAACAAGAUCUAUUCUCAUCAGAUGCUGGUAAAGUUAUUGUAUUGGACGAUGACACAAAUAAUGAAAAUGUGAAUGACCCCUUAGAUGAAAAUGAAGAGCUUAAUGUAAAAGUGUACUGGCAGAGUUCUGAGAUAUACAAAUUCACAAUAAGACAGUACCAAAAGUUCACACAAAUGUAUGAUUACUUUGCAACAAAGGAGAAUGUUGGUAAAGAGAAGUUGUUGUUUACGUAUAAUGAUAAAAUACUGAGUGCAGAUGAUACUCCAGAUACCAUUAAUUAUAACAUUUGCAAAUUUAUUGAUGGUGGCAUUGUUAACCAAAGUCUUAGUUCACUGAAGAAACAACAGAAGCAGGUCGUUGUAGUGAACGGCAUCAAACUGAAGUUCCAGUGCCAGAAUGUGCGGAAACCAUGCGAGAUUGUCACCGAGGCCAAUGAUAAACUGUCUUUAGCAUUUAUGAAGUGUGCCGAGCACUUUGAGAAACCAAUAGACAAGUUAAAAUUUUAUUUUGAUGGUGAUUUAAUAUCAGGUAAAAAUACCCCGAAAGACUUGGAGCUGGAAGGCGGCGAAUGUAUUGACGUUGUAUUUAUUAGCUAAUGAUAAUUAUAUUUAAUUUUUAUAU